ACAAAUAGCAAGGAAAUUGGUGACAAAUAGUGUACUUAACACUGAACGUCACCCAAAUUCAUAUCCGCGCUUCUACCUGUGUUUUUAUCUUUGAAUUACGUGUAUGAUAAAAAGUUGAUAACAUUUGGUUAAAAUUGUUUGAUUUUUGGAUGUAAGGGUAUACAGUUGGAGAUUAAUUGGAGCACUUAAUUAUAAUUGACCGAAAAUAAACAUUGAAGUAAGUGUUCCAUUUGAAGUGAAUGAGAAAAGUGUAUUUAAUACUGGUAUAUAAGGAUAUGGUUUAAACGAAAGUUUUUAUCUAUGGAUUUUAAUACUGUUGUGUUUGGAAAUGGAUAAAGAAGUAGGAGAAAAAAAGAUUAGGAUUUAAGUGUCAACACGGCCUGAUAAAGUGUUUAAGUUGUAAAUGGAUUUAACAAUAAAAUGCUGAAUAAUUGUGUAAACUAAAAUUUCUUUUGUAACAUUUUCUUUCACAUUUUAGUGUUUUAGAAACACAAAAUGUCAUGGAUUGAAGUUUUUAAGCAGAGAAAUGCAUUGUAGCACCAUUGAAGAAUCUAGCUACACUUUAAUAAUAAUAGAGAGUAUUGCUUUGAAUUAAUGGAACCAAUACUUCACUUUUCUGUAAUUUUUAAAAGAAAUAUUGUAGAGGGAUACUGUUUGUUGUUUGUGUGUCAGUACCUGUGACUUUGUGCCCUGUAGGUAAAAUGUAUUGUAUCACAUGUAAUGAGGACAUUUUAGAUAUUUUAAAUGUUAAUUAUUAAACCGUACCCUGUCAUUUCAAGCAAUUAUGGUUGUCGAAAGUCUGAUAGAUGUUGGAUAAUGAUCAAAGAUGAUAAAAACUAUGGCCUUGUUUUUUCUCAAUAUUCCCAGCAAGAUAUCAUAUUAUUGUAUUAAACAAAUUUGAAAAAAAAAAUCAAUUGAUAUGUAAACAAAUGGCAAGUAUAUUUAGCUUGAUGUCAUUUGAUUUUGUUCAAACAAUUUUCUGACUCAUUAAUACUAAGAAAACAAGCCAGUUUUUACAUAUUCAUAAACAGUCAGUAUUAGAUGUUACAUGUGCCAUAAUCUUCUAAAUGCAUUAUAUAUCAACAUACUUUUAAAAAUUGUCACAUUGUAUAGCAAAUAUCUUUUUAUUUGAAAUGCAAACGUUUUGAUUAAUUUAACAUAAAAGGUUUUACUAAAUAUGUUUUGAAAAUGCAGUUACUUUUGUCCUGCAUAAAGCAUUACAGUAUUUACUAAUGCUCUUGAUAAUACAACGCAAAAACACAUAUCAUAAAAUAAAAAAUUAUUAAGAUAAGAAAAGGCUUGACCAUACCAGAUCCUAUGGUCAAUAUUUAUGACCACUUUACAGGUUGUUGACACUGUUCUAAAAUAAAUUUUAAAAAAACUCAACAUUUCUAUAUACAAGAUAAGUGUUUAACAGAAUGUGUUUAGUGUUAAUUUUCUCAAAGGUACCUUUAAUUUAAAUGAGCCGCUCCAUGAGAAAACCAACAUGCAACAGUGCAUUUGCGACCAACAUGGAUCCAGACCAGCCUGCGCAUUUGAAACUUUAAACAACUAAAAUAUAUUAGAAUAACUAAAUUACAAGCUUCUUGAUGAUGCAGACUGUUUGAUCAGUGUAGACUGUGUCUUAUCAUUAACAGCAGACUGAUUCUAUGAAUUUUUAGUUCUACCUGAGAAAUAGACAAGUGUAGUUUGAAAAAAGGAAAAUUUUAAAUGAUGCCGCAUCUAUGCAGAUAUUUUGGAAAUGGAACAAAGAUCUGUGGAAUUCAGAGACUAUAUCAGUGGAGAAAAAUCAGACAAUCAGAAAUUUGAUCUCGAUUCAAGAAAUUUAAAAUUCUUCAAGGAGGAUAUAUUUCAUGUUCCAUUUGACGAACUCUCGGAUUCAUCUAGCUACAAGCAUUUUAAACAUGUUUUUGUGGAUGAAGAUGAUUAUGAAGACUUUAAGCAAGAUUUGAUUAAUUUUCAUCAGUUACGCAGUCGGUGGAAAGACGACAGGAAAAAAGUUUCUAAAGAAAGACCUAAGUGGCAUUCUCUGCUGGAUAUACAUGGUACAGAAAAAUCUGGUGCUGAAGAAAAUAAAUGUAAAACAUUUUGUGUUGAACAGACUUUGGAAGAACAGGUUAUUUAUAAAAACAUUGAUUCUGACUCAGAUUCAGAGUCCGAGGUUGCUUUAAAAGGUCAUUCACGUUUUAAAGAAAUUGGUUCCAUUUUAGGGCUGGAAUUAGAUUCAGUUCCAAUGAUGGAGUUCUUUCAAAAUGAUGAGCACUUUCAGGAAUUUGACCGUGUAUUUGAAACGGUAAAAAAUAAAAGACGUUACGCAAGCAAUUCUAGUCUUGAUAAGUAUAAAUGGUCACCACAUCAGUCAGAUGAUAAUAAGUCUGAUUCAAGUGACAGCGAGACAGAAGUUUUUGAUGAAUUAAAAGUUGACGAUAUUUUUUCAGAUUUCUUUGAUAAUGAUGAUGACUUUAAAAUGUUUGAGGAAGAGUUUGAAAAGUUUCAGCACAAACGAAGGUCACGAACGUUAGAAAAGUGGCAUCGAAACUCAGUCUGUGAUUUAAUAGAAGAUUUAAAAGCCUUCUGUGAUAGUGAAGAUGCUAAAAGCUCAACAGAUAAAACAAAUCUACCUUGUGACAAUAAACUAAGUCUUCCUAAACUUUGGAAUCAAGGGGGCGAGUGGGAUUACAUAUUCAGUAAAAUACGAAAACGACCAGGUAUUGUGUCAUCUAUAAAUUCAGACACCGGAAAGUCAGAUUUGACUGUAACUUGUGAUAGUGAAAGUGGUAAUAAUUUAUUAGACGAUUUAAGUGACUCUUGCAACGGAGAUACAGGGUACUAUUCAGAACUGCAAUGUAAUAAGGGGAAUGACAAAUCUUGUACAUGCAACUGUGUAGCAGAAAACGAUUGCCAAUACACAUGUCAUCACAAAUGUUUGCCACUGAUCCAGUUAGAGUGCAAGAACGUGUCACAGGACCAGGAUGACGAGGGCGCAGUCCUUCUUGGCAACACAACAUUAUCAGAUCUCAGUAAUACAAAUAUUUCCUCACAAUCAACAGAACUCUCAUCAGAACCCGCUUCAGAAAAAGAUGAGACAGAUUCAGGAUAUCGGUCCGGUACAAUACCGGACGAGAAGUUACCUCCCAAACCUAGCGAUGCCACGCUGAAUCGGGAGGAACUCAAAAAGAAAAUUGCAGAAUUCAACAAAUGUGUCCCCGGCGCAAAUUUCGCUUUGCGAGAAGAGGAGGACCCCGAAAAUAAAGACACGCAAUCAUUCCAGGGUUUUAUCAAGGUGACGUUGAAUUUGGUUCGACCAAUCAGUAUGUCUCUAGGUGCUCGACCGCCGUCAAUAUACGAGGUGCUUACACAGGAACAUAUCGUGGAGCAAAACACACAAAAUAUCUCAUUUUACAUGCCACGUGAUACGAUACGAUCAAUACAUGCUCACAGUUCACAGACAACAAAAGAAGUGGUGACCCUGUUACUCAAGAAGUUUCAUAUAUUGGACCAUCCAAGAAAGUUUGCCUUGUACGAGCAGGAACUCAAAAAUAAUAAAAUAGCACGAUUACGAAGGGUUAAAGACGGAGAAUACCCGCUGGCAAUAUGUCUGAGCUGGGAUCUAGACAAUGCUCACAACCACCGGCUGGUUCUGCAGGAAAAUGAAACGGGAGAAAUCGAUUGGGAAGCAUUCUGCACGCCGGAGUUGAACAAUUUUCUCCGUGUUCUGGACCGCGAGGAGGAGGAGUAUAUGGCUCAGCUCAAAUAUAAGUACAAGGUCAUGAAGAGACUCAUACUUACACGUAUGAAAGAACUUAGGCAGGAGACUGAAAAACAAAAGCGCCGUUCCAUGGUGAACGAGCCGACAUCUUGAUAUUGAGGAGAAAUGGGAGAUGUUAUACAUAAUUGUGAUAAAACAAGCAUCUAGCCGCAGAUUGGAUUUUACACUCUGUAGUUUUUGCAAGCCAUACUUCUCAAUAAAUGAUAUAUUUCAAGGCAGUUUGAAAUAAUUGUUUCUGAUUUUAAGAAAAUAGUUUUCAGUAAAAUUAGAAAAAAUAGUGCAUAUAGUAAAAGAGGGACUAUUUCACCAUAGUGCUAAGUACACUCGAAACCCGUUAUAACGCUACUCGAUAUACCGCGGUCCUCGGUAUAACGCUGUAUGGCCCUGGCGCCCAAAUUUUACAGGGUAAAAAAAAUCAAAAAAAAAAAAAAAAACAAAUCCGCGGAUGUUACUUAAUUUGAUCUUAACUAGCGUUAAAACUACAAGUACCUGGGUACUUUAACAUCUUCCCAUGACAACUGUCACAAAAAUCAAUAAUCGUCUGCUAGCUACUUGUUUGCGUAUCGCCUUUGUUAAAGUUUCAAUACAUGUAGACAUGUGACAAUUAGGCAAUCAGUACCGUGUCAAAAUUAGAUUGUUUGCAUAACAAGCGUGAAACAUUGGUCAGUCAACUAUCAAACCGUUUAAGUUUGCACCAAUUAAGCAGAUGACAUGAUCACUUGAGUGAAUAAAAAAUCUAAUUUUGUAAUAAACUGCAGCCGUUUUUCGUAAUCAUCACACUCAAUUUCAUCGGAAAUAACGAAGAUUCGACGCACUGAAAGCCUUACUGAGAAUGUGCUCACUUUUUAAUAUCGUAUAUCAACGACGGUGAUUUAAAAAUUUUCUAUCUUAUUUAUCGAUUUCCUUCGAAAUUAAUUUUUUUAAGACUGUCAGCAUUUUUUCUCUUUUAGUUACAUAAACCCCAGUGCAAUUGCAUUGCAUAUUGUAAUUCUCACGACCGCACACUCCUCACACAGCGUUAUAUAUGUUUACUUCCGGGAUACACAAAUCCAAUUUUCUUUUAUAAUCACGACAAAAUGAGAAGAUUACACAGCGUUAUAAUUCUUUUAAUGUAUUUUUCAGUAGCAUUUAAGGUAAAUAAAUGUCCCAUUUAUACGAUUCUUAUUUCUUAUUAACAUAAAACAGCGUCAAAAAUACGUUACCGGUGGGUGGGGUAUUGCGUAUACCGCUGAUACGAUCAACCCGCGUUAUAAAUUUAACCCCGCUAGAUCCGCGGGUCUCGAACCUUGGACCCCGACGACAGCGUUAUAACGGGGUCCCAGUGUAGUAAUAAUAGGUUACAGCUGUGCAUAUUUGCUGUUGCCAGAUAUUUGCACAAACACAUUUGCUAAUGUUGCAUAAUUUUUAAGUUGUUGCCCAGCUAAUAUUUUUUUGUCCAUAGAGCUGUCAUUUUUCAUUUUGACAGAUGACAGACAAAGUAGAUGCAGUUUUAAAUCCCUGCACUAUUUUGGAUAACCUCUGUCUACAUCAUGCUGAUACACAGUGCAAAGACUUGCUGCAUUGUAAAAUUGCAGAGUGUAAGCUCUGAUCUGUUGAGAUGUGGAGCCUAUAGAUGCUAUAUAGCUUUUUUUUAUCCAUUGUUGUAAAUGGUAAAUAGAAAAUCUCGGGACACGAUUGUCUUAAAAUAUUUUUAUCUGUGUUAUUUAUAGCAGCAAGAAGUAAUAUUUUUAACAUGUUUUAUAUGAUAAAAGAUAAUGAAUACUUGGCAGGAAGAAUUUAUUUCUAUAUCAGAAAGUAAAAUUAUCCCAAGAGGUCGUAUCCUGGUAAAUCCUAGCUGUAGUUCAUGAUUCCAGUCAUCAUUUUAUCAAAGAAACUUAUAAAUCUGAAAAAUUGUUCAGAUUUUUGGAUAAUAAAAUUUUAAGUGCUCCAACACUCCAUGUUAACAAAUUUUAUAUAUGAUAGGUGUUGUUUUUGUGCAAAGUAAGUAACAUUUACUGAAAAAAAAAAAAAUCGACAAUUUAUCAUUUUCAUGAACAGCAUGAAGGGUCAUAAAUAAUAAAAAAAACUUGAAAGUUAAAAAAAGAAAGAGUGUUUGACUCUUUAACAAUUUGAUGUGUAAUUCAUGUAAGAACAUUUUACAAAUAAUACUUCUUCCUCAAUUCAAUCAAGUGCCACCAAAGAUUGUUCAGAAAGUCCAACAAGAUGUGAUUGUCAGUGUUUCAGAAAUUGUCAAAAUUUGAAGAACUCUGUUAUGAAAAUGUGCUGUGCACAAACCAUGUACAAGCGCUGCUUGGAAUAGCUUGUAUUUAUAGGUAAAAAGUAUUGCAGUGGUAAAUAAUACAUCAAUGAUUAAGCCUGUUCAGAACAAUCCUGUUUGUAGAGGUCAAGAUUGGACGAAAUCAGUUAUGUUGUUUCAUAACAAUUGUGAAUUUUAUUACAAAAAGUUUUCAUCUUGCCAAAAAUGUCCAACAUGUGGGGCAGUUGUCAUUGCUUAAGUUCAAUGUCAAAGAUACAUUAAUUAUUAUAUUCCUAAGAUUUUAAAUAGUUUGGGAAUUUUUGCACAAAGUUUAUUGUAAGAUACUUGUCUACUUCAGCAAUGCUUACACUGUAAGAUUACAUCAGUAUGUAAUUAACUAAUUAACUGUCAAUUACAGCAAAUAAGUUGGCUUUAUUAUAUGUUUAGUUGACAUUCUAUUGUAUUAAGGUGGUACAGAUAACAUUGUAUAGUCAGAAAGCAGGUGACUGUCUGGAAGAUAGGUUCUUAAAAUGCAUUUAUGUACAUAUUGAUUAUAUUUAUAAUAAAAAUAUGAGAAAAAUGUCUCAUACAAAAAAAUAAGCCUUUAUAAAACAACAUUGUCUUACAGAGAAAAUAUUACAAUACUUAUAUUGUGGGGUUGCAAAAACAUUGCAAGAGAAAGUAUUUUAAAGAAAAUUUUAAUGUUCAUUUGAUUAAAAAAUGAUGCUAAAACUGUCACUUUUGACUCUAACUGUAAGAAUUGGUCAGUCAAAAAAUGACAAAAUUAUAUAUGAGAUUUGUUGCUUUAUGAAGGCAUUUUGUUAAGUUUUGUAAAGGUGGUGCAUUACGUGGUAGGUAGAUAAUCGUGGUAGGGAGAUAAUGUGUAAGGGGAAGCAAUUCAAGUUAUAGGAAAAGUGGACACAGUGACAGUAUAGAAAUAGUUCUCUCCCUUUGAAUAAGAAAUAUAUCUUGCAACUACCACAUAAUAUAGCAAUUUUGUUUAAUUAACAGAUAAUAUGCUAUUUGUUUCAUUUGAAACUGUUGGCUAUCUACUGUUAGAAAAAUGUGCUGUUUUUUUAAAAAUGCCAUGUUUUAUGGGGGUAAAUUUUUAGUGUUCACUGGGGAAAACAUGUUCAGUUAAGUUCAGUAAAUCCAUUUUCGAUCCUCCAAGGUUUGUGUAUCAUGCAACAGAUCUUGGAAUGUUAUAGUAUUCUUUUGACUGUUCAUGAAAGCAACGUAAAAGCAUUGCUUAAAAUUGCUGAAAGAAAAUAAAAGGUAUUUGUUUUCUUCUUUGACAAAUUUAAGUUGGUUGCUUAGUUUCAGUGCUUACAUAUAUAUGUGUGUAAUAUCCAACAUAGUUAAACACUGAACAGUUUUCCUCCUAUAGUGUCUACUUUCAGAGUAGGCCUUACAUAAUGAACACACUUUAAUAAAAAUUUUGCUGCAUAAUGUGGUGGUGGUAAUCGGGUAGUUAACAAGGGAUUGUUUUAGGUAAGUUACAAUCUAGUAAAGGUUUGCUUGCAUUUUCUAUCCUCUAUUACUUCAAGUGCAAGAGAAAACAUGAUGGCUUUACAGAGCUAACUGUUUGAAUUCUCUAGUUUAUUUCAUCCUUUGGGGUUAAAUGCCUAAAAUUUCUUGAUGAAAUCUUUUAAGAAAAAAUAAGUGGUUAUUUUCCAUGGUUAAUAUGAAGUCAAAUAUGGAAUAAAAACAAAAAUAGAGUGAAAAGAAAAUGCAAGUCUUCAAUGAAGUAACAGUGUGAAUGUACUAUAAAAAGUUCUUAUAUUUUUCACAAAAUGCAUUUAAUUAUGAAAUAAUUUUCUGAGCAUAAUAUGUUAAAUGUGCACAAAAUCUCAUCUGAUUUCAGUAUUAUAUAUAGAUCUUUGAUAUGUAUUCAAGUAACAUUUAUUCAUCCACAAUGUCACACCAUAAGUAUACUACUAUAUUUAACAUACAAUCUGAAUUGUAAUUUAACAUUUUAAGGAAAUGUAUAAGAAGUGAAUUACCGGCUGUAGCAACAAGCAUUAUGUAAAAAGCUGAUUGAGAUUAUUUGGAUAUAAAGUUCAUUACAGUAGAAUGUUAAAUGACUGAAAAAUAAGGUGAUUCCUUUAUCAGAUUUUUUUUUUGCAUUCUUGUUUGAAUAAUGUACUGUAAAAAGAGUUCUAAUUUUAUGGACCUGAAACUACAUGGUUUUUAUCAAGACUUCUGUUUCAUUGGGGAUAUGGCUUCUACUUUUGAAUGUAAAGCGAAUGGUGGGAAUUUUACAUUUUUAUACGCCCGUUUGAAAAACGGGACGUAUUAUGGGAACGCCCCUGGCGGGCGGGCGGGCGGGCGGCGUCCACAGACCUUGUCCGGAGCAUAUCUUCUACAUGCAUGAAGGGAUUUUGAUGAAACUUGGCACAGUUGUUCACCAUCAUGAGACGGAGUGUCAUGCGCAAGAACCAGGUCCCUAGGUCUAAGGUCAAGGUCACACUUAGAGGUCAAAGGUCAAAUUCAAGAAUGACUUUGUCCGGACCAUAUCUUCUUCAUGCAUAGAGGGAUUUUGAUGAAAGUUGGCACAAUUGUUCAUCAUCAUGAGACGGAGUGUCAUGCGCAAGAACCAGGUCCCUAGGUCUAAGGUCAAGGUCACACUUAGAGGUCAAAGGAUACAAAAUGAAAACUUUGUCCGGAGCAUUUCUUCUUCAUGCAUAGAGGGAUUUUGAUAUAACUUGGCACAAAUGUUCACCACCAUGAGGCGGAGUGUCAUGCGCAAGAACCAGGUCUCUAGGUCUAAGGUCAAGGUCACACUUAGAGGUCAAAGGAUACAAGAAUGAAAACCUUGUCCGGAGCAUUUCUUCUUCAUGCAUAGAGGGAUUUUGAUAUAACUUGGCACAAAUGUUCACCACCACGAGACGUAGUGUCAUGCGCAAGAACCAGGUCCCUAGGUCUAAGGUCAAGGUCACACUUAGAGGCCAAAGGUCAGAUACAAGAAUGACUUUGUCCGAAGCAUUUCUUCUUCAUGCAUGGAGGGAUUUUGAUGUAACUUGACACAAUUAUACACCAUCAUGAGACGAAGUGUCAUGCGCAGUUCCCUUCUUUCGAAUUACUUCCCUUUGUUGUUACUAUAAAUAGCUUAUAUUGUAACUUUUUCAUUACUAGUCGUAGGGAAAAAUCGAGACCACUUUUCUGUAGUACAACAUGCAUGCUACAUCCAAUUUUGAGGUGUAUUUUGACCAGUCUCUACCUGGUAAAGAUUUUUGUGAGGACUUACAAUUUUUUUUUUUUUUUUUUUUUUUUUUUUUUUUUUUUUUUUUUUAAGAUUAACUUCCCUUAGUUGUUACUAUAAAUAACUUAUAUUGUAACUUUUUUAUAAUUGACCGUAGGGAAAAACCAAGACCACCUGGUAAGGAGUUUUUUUGUGGACUUAGAAAAACAAAACACUUAGUUAUUACUAAACAACCACAAAAUUAAAAUUCCAUUUGCAAAUACAGGUGCUAGAGUAAAGAAAUUUGCUGUGACGGGCGUAUAUUGUGACAUUCUUGCACUCUUGUUUGUCUCAUAGAUUCAUUCAACUUUGAAAUAAAUGAAAACUAAGCCCACUCAUGUAAGUUUUAAUGAACUGAAAAUACUGUUUAUAUAGAUAAAAUGGGUAAUAAAUAGGGUCCAAAAUCAAGCUUCCUUUGCUAUAUAUAUAUAAUUAAAGUAUUUAUUGAUAUGCUUUUACUAUACAUGUAAGAUUUAGUAAAAUUGUUUUUAUUCUUUUCCUUCAAGACAAAACUCUUGCCAUUUUGAUUCCUUAAGUUCUGUUGGAGUGAAGGAAUUUGCAAGAGCGACUAUAAAUUCAAUGUUCUAAAAUGACAUUAAAAAUACAUGUAUAUAUGUGAUAUUAUAUGUGCCUUUAAGAUACUCUAUAUUCAGGUUUGUUUCUCUUUGUACAGUUUCUGGCUAUAUUUCGUGUACAGAAAAAAAAAAAGAGAAAAAAAAAUUAAACUGAAAAAUUGUAAAUAUACAAAAUGCAAUGUAUACAUGUAUUGUAGAAGAAAUUCUAUGAGAAUAAAAAACAACAUGGAAAAUAAAUGCCAUUGUAAUUAUGUGGAGGUAGUUUAUGAAACACAUUAUGUACCCUUAUAUUAGAGAUUAUGUGCAUACAUGUAUUAUAUCUAGCAUCUCAAAACAAUGUUCUUUUACUGUUGUAGAAGACUUAGUGCUCUUAUACAAAACAUUAAGGUAUUUGGUUUAUAUACAGGUUUUGAAAAUAGGUACAAAUUGUAAGUGUUAAAAAUAUCUUACAAAAUAAAAUUAAUUGGAGUUGGCAAAACCGUUUUAUGUAAAAAAAACCAUUGUUUAUAUCUAGCAUUGGGAUUGAUAAACCGAUAUAGAUUGGGGUUUUCAAAAAGAUUAAGAAGAGUUAACAUUCCAAGACAUCAGCUGCAAAGUUCGAUACUCUAGUAGUUUUCUUUUAAAAUACUGUUCUGAAUUUAAGUUCUUUUUUUAAGGUCAAAAGUUGUAAUGAAUUGUAUUUAAAUGUAAAUUAUUUUUGUGUUUUCAUUUUUUUAUGUCUUUUUAUAUUCUGAAUAUUUAGUUUGCAAGUUUUUUUUUCCUGCAAUGAUCUGCUACUAGUCAUAAUUUAUUUCAGUUAGUCUGCUGUCACAAGCUUUUUGUUUAGAUCUAUAUAGGUACAUUAGAUUCUCAUCUUUUAAAAUGAUAUAAGGUUAAUUUGAUGGAAUAGCACUGGGAUUUUUCAGAUGGAAAAGUAGGGUGUUUUUUUCCCCAGCAGAUUGAAAUUUCACCUGAUGAGAUUUCAUUGCAGUUUCUUAUGAUAAAAUCAUUUUCUAAUUUAUAAGGACCUUAGCAACUUUGCACAAUAAUAUUUUAUAGAAGUAAUAUUUUUGUCUCUGUUAUUUGAGAUGAUUUGAUGUUACUAGGUCAAAGAGAGGCAGUACAAACAUAGAAAAAACACAUAGGGGAUUUACAUUUAUUGCAGUCAAACUGUAGUUUGUAGAAUAAGUAAAAUUUAAAUAAGUUGUAAAGUCUGUACACUUCAGACAUGCACAUUCUUUCUCUUUAUUUUAUGAAAAUUCUUACAGGCAGUGGAAAAAAAUUAUUUAAAUUUACAUUAACUUGACUAUUCAUUUUAACACAACAUUUAAGCACAAUAUAAAUUUUACUAGAAGCAAUGUAAAUAAUGUUCACUACACUUAUUUCAGUAUUUCUACAAUUAUACAUUUAUCUCUACACUUUUCUUCCAUCUUUUCUCUCUUUUUAGCUCAUCUGAUUUUUUGAAAAAAAAUGAUGAGUUAUUGUCAUCACUUGAGCGGUUGUCGGCGUCGGCGUCGGCGUUGCCUGGUAAAGUUUUAUGUUUAGGUCAGCUUUUCUCCUAAACUAUCAAAGCUAUUGCUUUGAAACUUGGAAGACUUGUUCACCAUCAUAAGCUGACCCUGUAUAGCAAGAAACAUAACUCCAUCUUGCUUUUUGCAAGAUUUAUGGCCCCUUUUGUACUUAGAAAUAUCAGAUUUCUUGGUUAAGUUUUAUGUUUAGGUCAACUUUUCUCCUAAACUAUCAAAGCUAUUGCUUUGAAACUUGGAAUACUUGUUCACCAUCAUAAGCAGACCCUGUACAUCAAGAAACAUAACUCCAUCUUGCUUUUUGCAAGAAUUAUUGCCCUUUUUGGACUUAGAAAAUCAGUUUUCUUGGUUAAGUUUUAUGUUUAGGUCAGCUUUUAUCCUAAACUAUCAAAGCUAUUGCUUUAAAACUUGCAACACUUGUUCACCAUCAUAAGCUGACCCUGUACAGCAAGAAACAUAACUCCAUCCUGCUUUUUGCAAGAUUUAUGGCCCCUUUUGGACUUAGAAAAUAUUAGAUUUCUUGGUUAAGUUUUAUGUUUAGGUCAACUUUUUCUCUUAAACUAUCAAAGCUAUUGCUUUGAAACUUGCAACACUUGUUCACCAUCAUAAGCUGACCCUGUACAGCAAGCAACAUAACUCCAUCCUGCUUUUUGCAAUAAUUAUUGCCCCUUUUGGACUUAGAAAAUCAUUUUCUUGGUUGAGUAUUAUGUUUAAGGCAACUUUUCUCAUAAACUAUCGAAGCUAUUGCUUUAAAACUUGCAACAGUUUUUCACAAUCAUAAGUGGACACUGUACAUCAAGAAACAUAACUCUAUCCUGCUUUUUGCAAGAAUGAUGGCCCUUUUUAGACUUAGAAAAUCAUGGGUAGGACAAUAUUUCUAUUAUACAAAAAAAAUCAGAUGAGCGUCAGCACCCGCAAGGCGGUGCUCUUGUUUAAUAUAAUCUUCAUUACAAUGAGGUCCAUGUACACAAGGCAUUUAUUGUGUCAAGCGAACAGAUAUCCAAUUUUUUGGGGGUUUUUUUUGCAACUGAAAAAAGCUGUACUAGUAUCUGGAUAUAAAAAGAAUUCAAAAUACUUGAAUUUCAACAUAUUGUAUCUGUAUAUAUCAGAAAGUGAAAAUAUUUCUGCAAUGUCAUCUUUUUUCUGUAUAAUAUACAAGCCAGCAUAUGUUGCUUGGGACUGUGCAGUAACAUGUAACAGUUUGUUGAAGCACGUUUAAAAUAUUACAGUUACCAGACAUGUAAAUUUGCUGAAUGGCUAACUUGUAAUGCAUAUAAACUUUUUCUUGUCUUGUAUAAAGAUGAACUUUUUCAUGUACGUCUCAUAAUUAAGUAAGUUUCAUUGUACAUGUCAUAAAGUUGAGGCUUAUUAUUUAAGAAAAAUUGUAAGAUAAUGAAUAAUUAAGUCUUGAUUUGUUAGCUGUUAAUGAUUCGAAGUCUUAAAGUAUGAAAAAAUAAAAUAAAAAUAUAUAUAUCUUGUAA